UAUGGCUUCAGAUGAGGAAAUAGAUAGCUUGUUCGAAUACGCAAUGAAAGGACAAUGGGAAAAGGUCAUGGAGGCCUACCAAAAAAGUAUUACUGCUCAAGAAGCCAAGAUAACCAGAUCCAAGGAGACUGCUCUGCACAUUGCUAUAGCAGAUGGCCGAACCGAAAUCGCACUAGACUUGGUGAACAUUAUUCUCAGUAACGGAGAUGACAAUGCAACAACCGCAGUACUCAGCAUAGCAAAUGAUAGAGGCAACACGCCUCUACAUCUAGCUGCUUGGCUCGGGAAUGUACAAGUGUGCCACAGCAUUGCAGCCAAGGCAGGGAGCCUGGUCUCUGUUCGAAAUGGGGAGGGUGAGACACCUCUCUUCUUGGCAGCUCUUAACGGUAACACAAAGGCUUUUCUUUGCCUUAAUUUCCAUUGCCGAGAAAAACCCCAUUCCUCGAUCAGAGACAACAAUGGUGAUACCAUUCUUCAUGCUGCAAUCUCCGGUGAAUACUUCAGUUUGGCAUUUCAGAUAAUUCGGUUGUACCCAGAACUUGUGAACUCUAUCAAUCAAAAUGGUUCGUCUCCGCUGCAUAUUCUAGCUAGUAAGCCCAAUGCAUUCAAAAGCAGCUGUCGACUUGGACUCUGUGAUCUUCUUAUAUACAAAUGUUUGAUGGUUGAAGAACUCGAAGUGGAAGAAUAUAACCAUGAAGCGUGUCAUUCUAAGGCAGGAGACGGAGACAGUUCUUCAUACCCAGAAAACUACGAAACAUGCAUGAACUUCUUCCAAGUUCUCAGAAGUUUGUUUCAAGUGUUAAGUAAAAAGAGGGGAGAUAGCAACUGUAUGCAAGUGUGGCACGAAUACUGGCAUAAGACGCACAGCUCCCUCUUUCAAGCUAAUGGAGGAAAUGGAAAGGGUACUAAUGGUCCUGCUGAUGACGAAGAGAAUCCGCAAAAAGAGGCUACUCCAGGAGCAUCAACUUCUGCAGUGAGGUCACAACCAAGAGAUGCUACAAAAGAAAUAUCAAAUGCAAAGAGUUCAAGAUCAACCAAUGAGGCAAACCAUCCAGAGGGAAAGGGGAGAGAAAAUCACCUGUUUCCUCCCAAUUAUGUCUCAUUUGUUCUGUUCUUCAAGUUUAUGAUGAAGGCCUUGCUAAUCAUUCUGGGAAUUGGAAUUUGGGGGAUAAGAAAAAUCCAAGAAAAGAAAGAGAGACAUAUAUGGGCAAAUCAGGUCAUGAAUGAAUUGGUUGACCGUACUUCUUUAUACAAAUAUCGAAAUACUGGGAAAAAUCCCCAAGAAACUCAACCCAGCAAAGAUAAAGAAGAAUGUGAAGUGCCUGAUCCUACAAUGCUACAGCAAGCUUCACCCUUAUCAUCUGAUCAUGCGGCACUUAACAGUAGAGAUACAAGUAUUGAGACGACUAUCUUGUCCUCAAACCAGAACAAUUAUACGAUAGGGAGUGAUCAGAAUGAACAAGAGAGAAAGAACAAUAAUGCCUUGGGAGGUAAGAAGAAUGGAGUUCUUGUAGCAGGGAAAAAUCAGUCACCUGUUUUAAUUGCAGCAAAGAUGGGAGUAACUGAAAUGGUGGAGAAAAUCCUAGACAAAUUUCCAGUGGCCAUCCAGGAUGUUGACUCUGAUAACAAGAAUGUUAUACUCUUAGCAGUUGAGAACAGGCAACCCCAUGUUUACAAUCUUCUUCAGAAGAGAAAGAUACUAAAAGAAAGCCUGUUGCGUCAGUUGGACAACGAAGGUAACAGUGCAUUACAUCUUGCUGCUACAUGUGGACGGUACCGACCUUGGCUUAUUCCAGGCGCGGCAUUGCAAAUGCAAUGGGAAAUCAAGUGGUAUAAGUUUGUCAAAAACUCCAUGCCGCAUCGUUACUUUGUUCGCUACAACAAAAGAGGCCAGACACCAAAGGAGAUAUUCAUAGAUACACACAAACAUCUUAUAAAAGAAGGAAGCAAAUGGCUAACCAAAACCUCGGAAUCAUGCUCUGUGGUUGCUGCCCUCAUUGCAACGGUUGCAUUUGCUACUUCAGCAACUGUACCAGGAGGACUAAAUCAGCAUACAGGCGAGCCAAUUCUCAAAGACAAGACAGCAUUCAGUGCCUUCACCAUUUCAUCACUAGUUGCUCUCUGCUUCUCAAUAACUUCCCUGGUCUUCUUUCUUUCAAUCCUCACUUCUCGAUACGAAGAAAGUGAUUUUUCCAUGGACUUGCCCCGAAAACUCUUAAUGGGUUUGACAUCACUGUUUGCAUCCAUAGCUUCCAUGUUAGUCUCGUUCUGCACAGGGCAUAUCUUUCUCCUAAAUCAUCAACUGAGAUAUGUGGCAUAUCCAUUGUAUGCAGCAACUUGCUUGCCAGUUACGUUUUUCGCUCUUGCACAGCUGCCACUCUACUUUGAUCUCAUGAGGGCCAUCAUCAAAAAGGUACCUCAACGGAGCUACGAGGUCUAUCCACACUAGGUAUUCAUGAAUUAUGGUAACAAGAACUACAAGGUUUAAUGGAUUAUGCAAUUGAAAUGAUGAGUGAAUGCAAAAUGUUUGCCAAACAGUUUAUGAAAUUUUAGUCAGUUUAUUGAUACAUCAGUAGCUUUGUAGGGCGUAGGCUUUCACUAGUUUAUGUAUGCUACAGAGUUAUUGAUUUGAAUGUCAUUGGUGUUCAGCCUAUUC